UCCCCGUUCCCUUGCGUUCGCCCUCUCGCUCGUUCGUUCAAUUGUCUGACUGAGCCACAGAAUUCUACACAAAGUGUAGAAUUCUGUGGACUGAGCCGACCUGUGUCACGCGGCAGCUGCUUAUCGCCCGCUUCUCCCACCGUAGGCUGCUAUUUUUAGCUGUAGGCUAUACGAAACCAGCGAAAGCAGUGUGCAGUCAAGGGGUUCCAGCUCGCACUGAGCGAAUGAUUUCAGCGUUGUCGCUUUGUGCUGGCCCACGCGCCUCGCCUUGUGCGUUGUUCGUGUGUAGUCCUAGUCCUCGGCCCCAACGCAACACACCAGCUUGUGGCUUGGUAUCUCUAUCGGUUGACGUGGCGAACAGCCAAGGUGGGAGCUAUCACUACACACUUAGUUCUCUACAUGUGUUGCACAAAGGCUGACGCUCGUGUGUGUAUAGGCUACGUGUUGCUGAAAGAGUGGAACGUUUGCUUCGCUUACAGACAGUUUGGUUUUGUGCAUUAGACGUAGAUCUACGUACGUUAAUUUUCGUCUAGUGUUUUUUAUUCGCAAUGGCAUCAGUGAAAAGAAAGUGUUUGUCGUUCGAAACGAAACUUCAGCUGAUUGAGGAAAUUGAAAAUGGACACAAGAUGAGAUCGGAGAUUUGUCGUGAACACGGCAUUGCGCCAAGCUCUCUUUCCACAUUUUUUAGAGACAAAGAGAAAAUCCGAGCAGCAGUGGAACAAGGAGCUCGUAAACCCAAGAGGCAGAGAAGUUCAAGAUUUGAAGAUGUGGAUAAAGCCCUAAUGGUGUGGUUCACGUGGGCAAGGGAUACGGGUGCUCCAAUUUCUGGACCAAUUUUGAAAGAGAAAGCAGAAGAACUGGCGAUGGAAAUGGGACACAUUGAUUGCAAGAUAAGUGGUGGCUGGCUGGACCGUUUCAAACUGCGCCACGGCAUCGAAUUGAGAACUAUCAACUCAGCAUCACCGGCGAAAGACUGGCUGGUGGAGCGCAAAGACAUCCUACAGGACUUUGAACCACAGAAUGUAUUUCGCGUUGUUGAAACAGGACUUUUCUAUGAAUGUCUUCCGUUCCAAUCCCUUACGUCAAUGGGGGAAGGAUGCAGACAAAGAGUUUCCAUUGUGUGUGCUAUCAAUAUGAAUGGUGGUGAAAAAUUACCUCUUCUCGUUGUCGGAAAGUUUAAGCAGCCCCUGUGUUUCAAGGGCGUUAAUAUCCAUAAUCUGCCAGCCACGUACAAGUCCAGCAGUAAAGCACUGGUGACAAGCACACUUUUCGAGGAGUGGGUGCGACAGCUCGACAGGCGUUUCCUUCUUCAAGGCCGCCCUGUAGCGCUAAUCGUAGACUCCUGUGGUGCCCACCCACAACUUUCUGAUCUGCGCGCAAUCAAAAUCUUUUUCGGACCUUCCCACUCAACGUCACGUUCUCAGCCAUCUGAGUCUGACCAAUUGAUUGUCCAAACCUUCAAAACUAUCUACCGCACGCGAGUGCUGCGCAAGUUUAUAAGCUCUUAUGAAGAGACAGAAGGUGCAUACUCUUAUUUCAAGAUGUCACUUCUUGAUGCUUUGUUAUUGGCAGCACGUUCUUGGGAUGACCUCGAACAAUCUACCAUACAAAAGUUCUUCCAGCUCGCAUGCAUUGCAGAAACUGAUGAUAAGAAGGUGUCAAACCCAUCCUCUUCCAGCACCGGCGAUCUUGAGUCACCAGCAAAACAGCAUCUAAAAGAACUUAGGAAACUCUUACACAAAAUUAGUGUGCUCACCAACAUAGCGGUACAGCUCAGUGCUGAGGAGUACGUCGGUAUGGAUGGAACAAUUCAGGCUGUAGAAGACAACACCUUAACUGAUUGUGACUCAGUUUCUACUUCGGGACAUCAAGUAACAGAGGAAGAACCUGCUGUGGAUUGUGAUUCUGAGAUUCCAACGGUGACCAACAAAGUCUGUGUUCAAGCACUAGAGCAAGUGCGAGCUUACGUUCUGCAACAGACUACGUGUGACACAUCAGCUUUGCAACAUGUGAUGGCUUUGGAGGACACAGUGCACAAGAUGGCAAAACCAACCAAGCGUUAUCGUCAAGCAAAAAUAGACUCAUUCUUUAUCCCUGUUCAGCGCAAGUAAAGACAAAGAAGAGACGUGACUGUGAAAAGUGAUUUUUAAAAUACCACUUUUAUUAGAUAUGUACGGAAAGGGUGAGUGUACAACGUCUUCUAUCAGGUGCUAUUUGUACUAGUUAAACAUACUCGAACAUGAUCGCUGUCCAUUCUCUUGGAAUUACGAUGAUUUGAGGGG